AUGAAACAGUAAAGGGAUAGUCUGUUUUUCCAAUCCUAAUUAUAUGUUGCAGUUUUGAGUGAACAUUAGACUAUUUUAUAGUUUUUAGAAAACGAUGAACUUGAAAGUUAGAAGCAAUCAAUUCAUCAGGAUAGUUUAGAAAUCUCAAUUAAAAAUGAAAAGAAAGUGAUUUCAAACAAAAGUAGGCUUUAGCUAGAAACAAAGAAAAAUCCUUAUGGAUCAGGCUGGGCAAAUAAGGUAUUGGAAAAACAAUUCGGUGUUCAUUUAUAACAAGUUGCAUAAAGAACAGGCCCAAAAUGGAUUAUAAAAAAAUUAAAACCUGCAGAAACAAAUGAUUAAAAAGAAUUCGAGCAUCUACCUACAGUGAAAGAUGUCAGAUCCCAGGAGAAGAAAAUUCGAUAAACAGCCUCAAGAUCUUAUAGAAGGAGAAUAGAAAAAAAUAUUUAAGAUUAGAAGUAAUCAUUUAAUGGGGUUCCUAUAUUUGAUCCAAAUUUCUAAAUCAAAUUGCAUUAGUACAAUUUAUGA